CGUCCCCCUUAAAAAUCUAACAGAGCUACCGGGAAAGGCUAGGCUAACUAAACCAAAGAGGACGGUUGUUUUUGAAGAUUGUAUUUUCUCAGGAGUCCUUGGGACAAAAAUGACCUACAGGAGAGAAAGGAGUAUACGAGAGGUAUACGAUGAACGCUUUUUAACAGAGAGACCAGGUCCGUAUCCACGGGGGGCUGGAGCGGUGGAGAGGAGAGGCCCGUUUGGCAGGCCAGACGAUGAAUACAGCCGCGGCGGGUACGAAUACGAAGGAGGCCCCCGCUUCUACCCGAACGGAGGUGGCCCCCGAGGUUACCCCGAAGAUCAGAGGGGCUACCACGGUGACGGCCUUCACUUCCCUGCCGAACGCAGAGCCAUGCCACCUUCAAGAAGGGAGGACUAUCCUUACAGAGUACCUAGGGAGGACCAGCACACCGGUCGGCCCAUGGAGUUUGGUGCUCGUGUGCCACCUCCUCACAACGUGCGAACCCAGGGCAUCUAUCCUGCACCCAGAUCGCUCCCAGAAAGCGGGGAAGACACACUGGUACAAGCCAUCCUGAACCUGGACAGAGGGGAAGACAGAGACCACUACAGGAGAAAGGCGGCCCCCUUUCCUCCCCUCCGAGAGCGUUCCCCCGUUCGCCGUGACGUGGCGCGCUCCCCUCACAGUCGCUCCGGCUCCAGCGUCAGCAGCAGAGGUUACUCACCAGACCGAGUCAAGAGCCUGCCUUUUUCCUCACAGCAAGGCAAGAGUGUGGAUGGUCCAGAGGGUCAUGCUGGUGUCUCUGAGCACCACUGGGGGGCGCACUUUCCUCAACAGAGUGGACAUGACACUUUGGGGUAUGAAGAGACUUAUUCUCAGAGCAAGCUGACUGACAAAAUUCCCGGCCUGUCAAGGGAAGGCUCGCCACACAGCGCAGCGUCAAACAAGGAGGAGAACAAUCCUCCAGAAGGGGAAAAAGAGGAGCCAUCGGUAGCCCCUGUCGUGGAAGAGAGCCAAAAGUCUGCAGACAACUUCCAAGAGCGUCGUGCGCUGGCAAUCGCGGCCAAAGCCCAGGAGAUAGAGAAGGUGUACCGUCAGGACUGCGAGACAUUUGGGAUGGUGGUGAAGAUGCUCGUGGCUAAAGACCCAAACUUGGAGAAACAGCUGCAGGUUCCCCUCAGGGAGAACCUCGGGGACAUCCGCGAGCGUUGCCUGGAGGACCUCAAACACUUCAUCAGCGAGCUGGACGAGGUGGUUCGGCAGCCGGAGCCCUCUGUCUGUGACUCAACCACUCCCUCUGCGUCGUCCCUGACGGGCCAUAAACUUUCAAAGACCAUGGUCAAUAGCAGCUCAUCUUACUGACUCGUUGGGCCGAUCUGCUCCGUUAAUGUGAGCGUGGGCCUGGCAGGAUUAGCAGCUUGAAUUCAGGUCUUCUAGGCCGAACAUAUUCUACAGCGACAUGAAGAACGGCUCUGCAAGGAAAGAGAUUGCAUUACAUGUGGGAAUGAACAGUGUUAUUUUGGAACUGCCCAUUUCUACGCUCAAGUUCUUUUUGGGAAGAUAAUUAUAAGAUAUUCCUAAAAGUGUUUUGUGUUUUUGUUUCUGUAAAGUUUUCAUAACAGUUUCUUUAUUUAAGAGUACUGACUUCAUUGUGGAUUAUCUGUUAACAGUGGGGUUAAUUGCUCAACCUUUUUCUUGUGUAAAUAGUUCCUACAGCAUGAUCACACUUUUUGCAAUUUUUCAGCCCUGUAAAAUGUUUUUUUUUGUAGCCGUCUGAUGUAUGACAUGGUGCUGCUAAAUUACUUGUAUAAAUUACUGUAGAACUGAAA